UGGAGUUGAGAAGAGAAGAGAAGAGAAGAAGCGACACUCAAGGAGGCGCAAUAAUAAUAUUUGAAUCGCUCUCUCUCUCUCUCUCUCUCUCUGUACCGCCGCCACUUGCACGCCAUGGAACGACGAGAUGAGCCGGAGUUCAAUUUAAGAGAGUGGGAUGUCAAGGCUCGUAUGAUCAGCCGCGAGAACACCAGUUCUAGAAGGUUUUCUGCUUCCAAUCUCACCAGUUUCCGAGAAGAUGCCAGGUCGUCUUUCCGCUCCAAUCUCACCAUUUCUAGCACUGCUUCUUCUCCUGGCUACGCCAUUAGAGAAGAAAUCGACCCUUCGACGUAUUCGUUCACUACUGCUCUCAAAGCAUUGCAGGCGAGAUCAGCUUAUAAUUGGGAGUGGCUGUCACCGGAAGGGUUUGCUCUAAACUCCAAAUGGAAUGAAGCUGAGAAAUACAUAUGCAACCCUCUUUCCGGAGAGGUUCCGAUGGAGUGUCUGUCCGCUAAAACACUCAGCGGCCGGUCGUUCCGGAGCUUAGCCGCCGGCCGAAUCACAAUGUCUGCACCUCUUGUAUGCUCCAGAUUUGCCCAUCCCAGGUCUCCUCUCGCUUUUCAUGAAACUGAAGUAGUCCACCUUCCGGUUCAAGAGAAGAAGGUGGUGGGUGGCAUGAGGAGGGAUGUGGGGACUCAAAGUACCCCGCCCGAACUGAGUUCUAGCAGCAGUCCGAGCCCGGCGCCGACGCCUUCCAUCGGAGAAAGAUCCAUAAAGCGAAGUGAAGCGGAAGUCGAAGAUUCACCCAUCUCUGAUAUGGUAAAACUCAAGUUUGACGAAAAGGGCCAGGCCAGAAGCCCGCAAUCUCCGUGUCCUUUCAGCCAUGCCAUGCCAUUGACUCAACUUCUCUUCUUUUUGCCCCCCGGCCGGGCCAUUAAUAAAGCCUUGUUCUUUUCUCUUUCUUCUGCUGUUUCUUUGAGCCUAUCGAGAAACUCUACUUUUCCAUAAGCAGGAGAGAGGGGGGUAUUCAUAGAGUUUUUUGUUUUUAAUAACAUGGCGCAAAAAUUCUACCAUAUAGGGUUAAUGUAGCUAUAUAUUGCUUAUUAUUAGUUUGUUCAUACAUUUUUUCUACCUCAGCUCCACUUGCAUUAAACCCCUCUUAUUGGCAUGUUUCAAAUGCUUGUGUAAGCACAGAUAUAUACCAAAGUUCCUCGUAAGAAACCCAUUAGAAUUUCGGGGUAACUUGUUUUCUUCGUUACUUUGAAAAGCACAAAGCACUAGCUCUGCUACUCUUCCAUGGAUGCCAAAUCUGUGAAUAAAGUUGAAGCAAGCAUACAAACAAAGCAUUCUAAAGUUGAUGUAAAGUGUCACUGGAAACUUGAUUUCAAAAAGAUUGCUUACACAGCACUGAUGAUGAUUCUUUCACGUAGGCGAACUUUUAAGAAAUUAGCAUGCAAAAACAGUUGACAGUGAAGUAGUGGGUCUUGACAUUUGAGCAAUGCAGGCUGAAGAGAAAAAAACAAAUAGAAAGGAGGAGGAGGAGGAGGAGGUGCCGCAGCAGGAAGAAGAGAGAAAGAAAGCAAAGCAAAGGUGGAGGCGCAGGCAAGGAGGAGGAGGCUGCUUGUCCUGGAGAAGUUUGUG